ACAGGUGUAAACGAUUAUAAAGUUUGGCUGGUUUUACGUUUCUUAGGUCGUAAGUGUGGAGUGUAACGCAUUUCUGUAUGCAAUAGGGAAGUAAGAAAGUUAGGUUUCGUCUGUGUGUAGAAAGCUGAUUCAGUGAUUGACAUAAUUGAUGGCUUCUUGGAAUGAGUAGACAGAGAAGUAAAGACAACAGGAAGAUGUCAGAUGGUUAUUUUAACCAUUCUGUUGACAUUUGCAAAUUGAAAACUACAGAUUUUUCUGUUGCUUCUAGUAUAGUCACAUAACAGGAACAAGAAUGUCAGGAAAUAAUCAACUUCCUCCUGGAAACCUUGGAAACCAGCCAAGAAACAACAACAAUAACAAUCCUAAUAUUGGUCAAAAUAUGAGGGAUCGUCUCUUCCAUGCACUCUUUGUUCGAGUUGCUUUAGUGUAUGCCAGAGCUUUUCCUCCACCAGUUAGAAAACUAUUUGAAUACAUGGUUUUGGCUAAGGCUCUGAUGUCAUUGUUCAUUCUUGCAUAUAUCCAUACCGCAUUUAUUCGUACACCAAUUAGUUGUUUGGACCAUCUUCAUAAUGACUGGCCUCGUGAUGGUAUUUUACGUGUUGAAAUUUUACAUCAUGUUGAGAGAAGGGAAGACCCUUAUACUCUUGAAACCCCAAAAGAGGAAGAGCAGAUUUCACAAGAAAGGUACGAAAAUACAGAAUAUCUUCCUGAAAACUUAACCAGUCAAUCUACAGUUUCUCUGACUGCAACUUUAGAAUCUUCAGGAAAAGAGGUUGGUAACAGUAAUAGCCUUCUUCAAGAAAAAGCAGAUGACAGUUUUAAAGAAGCUGUUAUUCAAGAGAAGAGAACAGAUAUCAAAAUGGGAGAUACUCUACUGAAUGAUGGGAAGGUUGAAUCAAGCAGUGAGCUCUCAUCAUUUUUAAAUUUGAGUUAUAUGGAAAAGGAAUUCCUUCCAAAACCUCAUGAGGGAUAUCCACAUCCUUUAAAAGACUCUCUGUCUGAGUUGGAGAUGUUGACAAAAACCGUUUGGCCACAAGAUGAAUAUGCAGUAGAGUAUUCACUUGAGUAUGGUUUUCUACGGUUGUCAGCCAGUACAAGACAGAAGCUAAACAUUCCUGUCAAAAUUGUCACACUGGACCCUCACAAAGAUACUUGUUUUGGUGACUGGUUCAGUAGGUUCUUGUUGGAUGAGUUUUUGGGGUAUGAUGAUGUAUUAAUGGCCAGCUUGAAGAAUUUGGCAGAAAAAGAAGAAAAUAAAGGUUUGCUUAAUAUUACAAAGUGGUUAGACUGA